AUGGCAGCGCGGUCCCGAAAGCCCUGGCUGAGCGUGGUGCUGGGGCUGGUGCUGGGCUUCGCUGCCGCCUCCUGGCUUAUGGCCCCCAGGGCGACCGAGCUGAGCGAGAAGAAGAGGCGCGGCUCAAGCCUCUGUUCCCACUCCGGCCUCCCGGCCGGGCCGGAGGCGGCCCGGGUGGCGGCAGCGCCGGGCAGGCGAAAGGCAGCUCUGGAGACAGCGGCGGGGCUGGGUGGCACGGGUUCCAGAAGCAGCCCGUGGGAGCUUGCGCCCGCGGCGGAGGAGGGCACAGUCCCCGGCCCUGAGGGUGGCGGAGAAGGGCAGCCGCAGGAGCAGGAGGAUGGCGGCCAGAAGCGGAGCAGUGGCCCCGGCGGCAGCCACAACGGGAGUGGGAACUGGGAGGGCGCCUUGAGCUGCGCCGAGCCCCGCAGCUUCCUCUACGUGGGGGUGAUGACGGCCCAGAAGUACCUGGGCAGCCGAGCGCUGGCAGCGCAGCGGACCUGGGUGCCCUCGGUGCCGGGCCGCGUGGAGUUUUUCUCCAGCCAGGGCUCCGCCGCUCCCCCCGGGCUGGCUCUGUUGCCCGUCGUCGCCCUGCCCGGCGUGGAUGACUCCUAUCCGCCGCAGAAGAAGUCCUUCAUGAUGAUCAAGUACAUGCAUGACCACUACCUGGACAAAUACGAGUGGUUCAUGCGGGCAGACGACGACGUCUACAUUAAAGGUGAAAAAUUGGAGGAGUUUCUUCGCUCACUGAACAGCAGUAAACCUCUGUAUUUGGGACAGACUGGUCUGGGAAAUAUCGAAGAACUUGGAAAACUUGGGCUGGAGCCCGGAGAGAAUUUCUGCAUGGGAGGGCCAGGAGUUAUCUUCAGUCGGGAGGUUCUCAGGAGGAUGGUGCCACACAUAGGUGAAUGCCUUCGGGAGAUGCACACCACACAUGAGGACGUGGAGGUGGGCAGGUGUGUCCGAAGGUUUGGAGGAACUCAGUGUGUUUGGUCUUACGAGAUGCAGCAGUUGUUCCAUGAAAACUAUGAACACAACCGCAAGGGUUACAUUCAAGAUCUUCACAACAGCAAGAUUCACACAGCCAUAACACUUCAUCCAAAUAAAAGACCAUCCUACCAAUACAGGCUGCACAAUUACAUACUGAGUCACAAAAUUUCCCAACUGCGCUAUCGGACCCUCCAGCUCCAUAGAGAAAGUGCCUUGAUGAGCAAGCUCAGUAACAGUGAAGUAAUUAAGGAAGAUCAACAACUGGGAGUGAUGCCACCUUUUAAUAAUUUCCAGCCACGUGAAAGGGAUGAAGUCAUUGAGUGGGAGUUCCUGACAGGAAAAUUUCUGUACUCAGUUGUGGAGAACCAGCCACCUCGACAGAGCCUGAGCAGUGUCCUGCAGGCUGCACUGGAUGACACCAUGAUGCAAGUAAUGGAAAUUAUAAAUGAGAACUCUAGAUCUAGAGGAAGGUUUAUUGAUUUCAAGGAAAUGCAGUAUGGCUACCGCAGGGUGGACCCUCUGCAUGGAGUAGAGUACAUCCUGGAUUUGCUGCUUUUGUACAAAAGACAUAAAGGAGGGAAAGUUACAGUUCCAGUGAGACGUCAUGCUUAUCUUCAGCAAUUGUUUAGCAAACCUUUUUUCAAAGAAGGAGAGGAGCUGGAUGUAAGAAGUGUGCUGGAGGAGACCAAUGCUGACACUCAGUCUUUCUCUUUUCUUUCCAAUUCUUUAAAGAUUUUUUCCUCAUCUUUCCAAGGCACUGAAAACACUGGGGGACAUAGUGACAAGAAAAUACAUAUUCUUGUCCCUCUCACAGGAAGAUUUGACAUUUUCUCAAGAUUUAUGUAUAACUUUGAGAAGACUUGUCUGAUUCCCAGGCAGAAUGUAAAGUUGGCAAUAAUUCUGUUCAGUUCUGAGAUGGGUCAAGGCUCCAGCAAACACAUAGAGCUAAUGAAAAAAUAUAACAUUAAGUAUCCUAAGGCAGAUAUGACCCUAAUUCCAAUGACAGGAAAGUUUUCUAGAGGUAUAGGUCUUGAAAUGGCCUCCUCUCGAUUUGACAAUGGCACUUUGCUGCUGUUCUGUGAUGUUGAUCUGGUAUUCACACCAGGUUUCCUCCAGCGAUGCAGAGACAACACUAUCCAGGGAGAACAGGUUUACUACCCUAUAAUUUUUAGCCAAUAUGAUCCAAAAAUAAUAUAUGGAGGCAACCCUCCAGCUGACAGUAGUUUUGUUUUCACAAAAAGAACUGGAUUUUGGAGAGAGUAUGGAUUUGGGAUUACCUGUAUUUACAAAAGUGAUCUACUUACUGCUGGUGGAUUUGACACCUCAAUUCAAGGCUGGGGGCUUGAGGAUGUAGAUCUCUUUACUAAGGUGGUAAGAUCUGGCUUGAAGGCUUUCAGAAGUCAAGAAGUAGGAGUCGUCCAUAUUUUUCACCCAGUUCAGUGUGACCCCAGUUUAGAUCCAGAACAAUAUAAAAUGUGCUUAGGGUCCAAAGCAAGUGCAUUUGCCUCUACUGUGCAGCUUGCUGAACUUUGGCUACAGAAACAUUUGGGUGUCAGGUAUAACCGAACUCUGCCCUGAUAUCUCAGCCUAUUUAGGCCUUUUUAGGGGAUUUUACCUCAUUAUUAUUAUUUUAUUUUGUUGUUGUAGUCUUAAACUCCUUCCUCGUUGUCUUCCAAAGAGCAUUGACCUCAGAUGGAAUGUGUCUGCUAUUGACUGUUGUUUCUUAUACCUGCUGAACUGGUGAAGUUGAUUCCUUUGUGUUUCCUUUCUUUGAAAUUCAGUCCAGUCACAACAAUCAUAUGAUCCCAUGGAGCAUACCCAUCACAAGGAACUGCAUCAUAGGAAUAUUCCCUUUUGGUUUUGGGAUGCAGUAUCUAUUGUUGCAUUUCUCAGAUUUCAUGUGAUACAAAUACUUAUUGGUGAAGUUACCACAAAAGUGCUUUUUGCUUCUUCUGAGGAUGAGUUUAUCUUAUCUGUAAGAUAAACUUGAGUUUUAUAAUUUAUAUGAGGGUUUAUAGGUAUAAAGGCUACAUUUCUUCAUCUUUAGAAUUUUUAAAGUAAAUUAAUAACUAUGAUUGUACCUUUAUUAAAAAAAAAAAUCCACCACAAACAAAAAAGCCACAAAAAAACCCCAAAACCACAAAACCAAACAAAAACCAACCAACCAAAAAAACCCCAUACCAAAAACCCCAGCAAAACCACAAAAACUGAGGAACCACUUGCAAAUACAGCUGAUAAUGGUUACCAAGGUCCUUAAAUGUCUAUAAUAACAAACUUCUCAUUGUUCUAAGUGUAAAUGAACUUGAUUUUCACAAAUAAUAGGAUUUAAUCAAGUGCUCAUAUACCCUUUAGAACUUGUGUGAAUCAACAUCCUUCAUUUGCAGGCACAAAGAAACUGUGACUAAACACAUUUAUUAUGAAGUCCAGUCAUACAGUAUUCUUUUCUUGAAACACGUGAGUUGCUGAUUACCUUACUAGAAUGAGUCUCUAAUAUACAAUUUUCUUUUACAUUCCCUUCAUAAAGCUGCACUUGAUACAGAGUGUUAGAGGUAAAAAUGGCUUCUUUUUUUUUUUUUUUUCAUUUUCCAUUAAUAUUGGUAGUCAGUAGGAAUUUAUUGUUAAAAUAAUUGUAGAAUUUUAAAGUUUCAAAAUUUUCCAUUGUUGAUCAAAGUUCCUUGCCAGUUUAUUUAUAUUAGUAGAGGUUAUAAGACUGUGUUAAAAUUUAUCUCUAGACAGCCUGCAGUUGUCAUAUUGUGGAUUCACGGAGUAUAGUACUUAAAAUUAUACCAACAUAAGACAUAAUAAAAUCAAUUUCUAUCUCUUAGAGCAAUGUUCAUAUAGGGAUAUAUGUGUGCAUGUGUGUGCAGGCAUGUAAAUCCCUAUGUAUAUUGAGAUAUAUAGACAAAGUAAUUUCAAAAUAUGUUCCUCUUUUCAGUUCAAUCAGCAAUUUAUUACAAACAUUCUUUUUGCCGCAUGCUUGGAAUGUUUCAUGUUAUAUUGAGGUAAGAGUUCAAAGGCAUCCAGGAAACCACCAGAAUUCAGCAAAACAAUGCAGUGGGUACAUCUAAUAACCUCAGUACCCUUGAUUUCAAACUACACUUCAAAUAGAGCUUGACAAGAAAAAGUUAGCAUUCUGUCUUUCCUUUCAAAAAACAUCUCAGGUAUUGCAAUUCACUGAUGCAUUUAUUUGUAUGCAGAUACCCUGAUAAAUUUCUCUAGGCAUGAGGAGGGUGUGUAAGUCAGUGUCUGCAGCUCUCUGUUCUGGAUUUACCAGGCAAGGAAAAAGCCAUCCCUCAGAAGGAGUGUGUAAACUCAGAAUUAAAGGGCUGGUCAUAGGUUUUUGUAUGCUUUAAAAAAAGCACAUCCCCAUUUCCUUGUAGCAAUAGUGGUAGAUGAAAACAGGUAGAAGGUAAUUCAUACUUGUCUGCCCUCCACAAGGAAUGCUCCUGGGUUGUUAUUUUCCUGAGGCUCUUGCCUUCUUAGCCCAGUAUUUUUAGCUUAACUGUCUGGAGAAAUUAAAACUCAGUAUUAAUUAUGAAAUCAUUCUUGGAAACUGCUCUUUAAAUAGAGUGCAAAGGUCAAGCUUUGUUCAGUAAGAGACUCAAGAACAAGGAACAUGCAAUGUAUUUAAUCAAUCUUGACUAACUGAUACAACUCAGAUUGUAAAUAUCAAAUACUGUUGAUAAAUGUUAGUGAUUAUUUCAUGAAAAAAAAAA